AUGGUCGGGUAUGACCCCGAGGCCAAGUGCGUCUCCUCGGUGGAAGCGGCUGCAGCAGGAUCGGCGUCUGGCUUGGUCACUCGGGUCCUUAUCAGCCCCUUGGAUGUCCUCAAAAUCCGCUUUCAGCUUCAGAUCGAGCAGCUCUCCUCCAGAAGCCCAGGGGCUAAGUAUCAUGGCAUCUUGCAAGCUGUACAGCGCAUCUUCCAGGAAGAGGGGUUGGUAGCCUUCUGGAAGGGCCACGUUCCUGCUCAGUUCCUUUCAGUUGGCUACGGAGCUGUUCAGUUCAUGGCUUUUGAAAGCUUGACGAAGCUGGUCCACAACGUCACGUCGUACGACGGCCGGGACUCCUGCGUGCACUUUGCCUGUGGUGGGCUGGCUGCCUGCACAGCCACCGUCGCCGUGCAGCCCGUCGACACGCUGCGCACCCGCUUUGCUGCCCAGGGAGAGCCCAAGAUCUAUCACAGCCUUCGCCAUGCAGUGGCAACGAUGUACCAGACAGAAGGACCUCGGGCUUUCUACAGAGGUUUGACCCCCACAAUCAUUGCCAUCUUUCCAUAUGCUGGUCUCCAGUUCUCCUUCUACAACAUCCUUCAGCAGUUUUCUGAAUGGGUGAUUCCUGCUAAAAAAAAGAGAUACUAUGAAAGCAACAUAAAAAACCUUGUUUGUGGCAGCUGCGCCGGGAUCAUCAGCAAAACCCUCACCUACCCUUUGGACCUGCUCAAAAAGCGACUGCAAGUGGGUGGCUUUGAGCGUGCCCGGGCAGCCUUCGGGCAGGUACGGACGUACAAGGGUCUCCUGGACUGCAUAAGGCAGAUCAUGCUAGAGGAGGGCCCAGGUGGCUUCUUUAAGGGCCUUUCGCCCAGCCUGCUGAAGGCUGCUGUCUCUACUGGCCUUGUCUUCUUUUGGUAUGAGCUGUUCUGCAGCCUCCUGUGUGCCCUGAAGAGCACCGAUAGCCCUGCGAGGAGGGAAGGCUGA